AAACCUUGGUUAAAAACCACCUUGUCUUCAACAUUCUCCACUCCCUUGCUUUUCUCCCUCUGUUGGGUCCCUCCACUCUUCAAAUAUCCCGCAAACCCACUCUUCCCCUCAUUAUUAAAUCUUCUUUAACCGGCAAACUUCCCUCAUUUCUCUUCUUCACCCAUCUUUCCCUCCAUCAUUAACCAUGGCCGGACCUCUUCAUGACGCCGAGUCCUGCCUCCCGGCGCAGUUUCUCAACGAGGAUGGUGUGCUUUUUGGUAAAGAGACACUCAACGGUAAGGGACUGACAGCUUUGGACACUGAGUUGCUGCCACCGAGCCACGGUUUCCCUAAUGAGUUCCCAUACGAGUUUGACUCGCUCGAUUCCUCUGCCCUCAGUUCCCCGGUUGUGUCUGUUGGGUCCACGGAGACGGACAGCAGUGACGAGGAUGAGUUCUUUUUGGGUUUGAGUCGUCGACUCUCUCGCUCCUCGAGUCAGAAACUCGCUGUGCCGAGUUUCAACCAGGACAAGACCGAGAAAAGCGGAGUCAUGGCGAGUUCGCCACAGUCGACGCUGAGUGGAAUAGGAAGUUGGUCUGUUUCGAGCAAUGGGAGCCCGAAUGGUCCCUCCCAGGCUCCAUCUCCCCCGACCACGCCGUUUGGUGCCCAGAACGACGCUUGGGAUCUGAUAUACGAAGCUGCCGGGCAAGUCGCAAGAUUGAAGAUGAGCGGGGAAGCACCCAAAUGCAACCACAAUGGUCACUAUGGCAGAGCCCUUCCGCGGACCCAGAAUCAGAGUCUCACGAAGAACCCAAUCUCUGGGUUGUAUUCUAACCCGAGCCUUGCUCAUAGUCCUUCUCAAACGAAUCAGGAAAGCAGGGUACUCUGUUUUCCCCUGUUCCGAUCUGUUUUUGAUGCAAUGAUGGCUAGAAGAAAUGCUGCUCUCUUGUCACAGCAGAAGAAGCUAAGUUACAGACAGGAGGCGUUGCUAAACCAAGAAUUACGUCUACCUCAGGACUGGACUUAUUGAUGGUGUUGGUUUUUUUGUUGGGGAAAUUUAAUUAUAUUAAUUACAAAAUGUAGUAGUAGAUGAGAUAUUGUCUGGUAUUUUUCUAGUUUGGUUAUAAAGGGAAAUGGAUUCAAGAAUGUGUGUAGAUUAGGUAGGAGAAAUAAGUAUGGUAUCAAUAAAUUUUUUUUUUUUUUCAGCUUUUGGGUACUUAGUUAUAUAAGAAGAAACAUAAUAGGAAGGAUUAGUAGAGUGGGUAGGGAUUGAAAGGGUGUUUAAUUUUUUUGUGAUGUAAUAAUUGGGAAAUGGGUGGGGUUUUGUUCUUGAAAUUUUGAGGGUUUUGGGCUGUGCAGUAGUGGGAAAAUCUCCCUCAGCUUGUAAUAUCCCAUCCCCAUUGAUUAAUAUUUAUAUAAAAAAAAAUUUCUAUU